AUGGUUCACACCUGCGUUGUGUACGGCUGUCAUAAUCGUGCCAACGACAGUACAAAGCGUGGGUUUUACGGAUUCCAUGCUAUAAGACUCCACGAGGAUAAAUUAACAGAAGAAUUAUCAAGAGAGAGGAGAAGAAAAUGGAUCGCGGUCAUCGGAAGAAAAGACUUCAAUCCCUCAACUCACUCCAAAGUAUGCUCGGAUCAUUUUGUUGGAGGUAAGCCUGCAACACUUUUUGAGAAGACAAAUCCUGACUGGGCACCUUCCUUGAAAUUAGCUGGUUCCAAAUCCAUUGAUGGAUUUAGCCUCAAGCAUCCCAGAGGAUCACCACAAUCUACAUGUAGAUGA